AUGAUCCUUGCCAGGCGAGGCCGAGUGUCCGUGCCGCUGUGCGGAGGCUCGGCUAUGCGGCCCGAGUCGGACGCGUGCCACGCGUGGCCGACGUCCGCGACUUGGCGCAAGCCUGCGGCCUUGGCCGCUCCGGUCCAGCUCAGCUACCUGACGUCGUUCACAACAGAGCUCUUGACCGCCCUCACCCUUUGGGUGGGGAUCAGCCGGGCUACAUUGGUUGCCCCGCCCGUCAGCAUGCCAGAGCCGCUCUCCGCGCCUUCGCUGCUGAACCCCGAGGCUCCUUCUUUCCAGAUGCCGGAGGCUUCGCCUGGGCCGGUCUUCGUGGAGAUCGAGGUGCAGAAGCGCACCGUUUCCUUCGACGUAGAGAAGUGCACUGCUGUGCCGAUCGACAGCGGUGCCAGCCGAGAAAUCGCCGCCGAGCUCAAGCAGAGGAUUUCCGAUAUUGCGCACCAGCAUUGCCCUGCCAUACUGGGGCAGCUAGACACUCUGUUUGGCAAGUACACGGGCCAGGAGGACCUUCUUUACCUCAAGGUUUGCAAGAAGUUCGGAGUUCACCCGACGCCGAUCCGCCACGGAGUGAACCGUCCUCCAGAUUAG